ACGCCGUGCCGGCGGGCGGGGUGAGCCGUUUGGCUCCCGCAAGAGCCUCGGGGGCCGCGGAGCUGGAGCUGGAUCCCGAGCCGGGGCCGGGGCCGGGCCCGAGCGGGCUCCGUCGUUAUGGGGUCGGCCGACUCUAAGCUGAACUUCCGAAAGGCGGUGAUCCAGCUCACCACCAAGACGCAGCCCGUGGAAGCCACUGAUGACGCCUUUUGGGACCAGUUCUGGGCGGACACGGCCACCUCGGUGCAGGAUGUCUUUGCGCUGGUGCCCGCGGCUGAGAUCCGGGCGGUUCGGGAGGAGUCACCCUCCAACCUCGCCACUCUGUGCUACAAGGCUGUGGAGAAGCUGGUGCAAGGAGCUGAAAGCGGCUGCCAUUUGGAGAAAGAGAAGCAGAUUGUUCUGAACUGCAGCCGACUUCUCACUCGUGUGCUGCCCUACAUCUUUGAGGAUCCUGACUGGAGGGGCUUCUUCUGGUCCACAGUGCCCGGGGCAGGGCGAGGAGGGCAGGGAGAGGACGAUGAUGAGAAUGCCCGGCCCCUGGCUGAGUCCCUGCUCCUGGCCAUCGCCGACCUGCUCUUCUGCCCCGAUUUCACUGUCCAGAGCCACCGGAGGAGCACUGUGGACUCGGCAGAGGAUGUCCACUCCCUGGACAGCUGUGAAUACAUCUGGGAGGCUGGCGUGGGCUUUGCCCACUCCCCCCAGCCCAACUAUAUCCAUGACGUGAACCGGAUGGAGCUGCUGAAACUGCUGCUGACGUGCUUUUCUGAGGCCAUGUACCUGCCGCCAGCUCCAGACAGCGGGAGCACCAAUCCAUGGGUGCAGUUCUUUUGUUCCUCUGAGAACAGACACACCCUGCCCCUCUUUACCUCCCUCCUCAACACCGUGUGUGCCUAUGACCCUGUGGGCUACGGGAUCCCCUACAACCACCUGCUCUUCUCCGAUUACCGGGAACCCCUGGUGGAGGAGGCCGCCCAGGUGCUCAUCGUCACCUUGGACCAUGACAGCACCACCAGCACCAGCCCCACGGUGGACGGCACCACCACAGGCACUGCCAUGGACGACGCUGACCCUCCAGGGCCUGAGAACCUGUUUGUAAACUACCUGUCCCGCAUCCAUCGCGAGGAGGACUUCCAGUUCAUCCUUAAGGGCAUAGCCCGGCUGCUGUCCAAUCCCCUGCUCCAGACCUACCUGCCCAACUCCACCAAGAAGAUCCAGUUCCACCAGGAGCUGCUGGUCCUCUUCUGGAAGCUCUGUGACUUCAAUAAGGUGUGCUGGCCUCAGGGGCGCUCACACCAGCAGCUCGGUCUGCCAGAGAAAUUUCUCUUCUUUGUGCUGAAGAGCAGUGAUGUGCUGGACAUUCUGGUCCCCAUCCUCUACUUCCUCAACGACGCCCGAGCAGAUCAGUCUCGGGUGGGCCUGAUGCACAUUGGUGUUUUCAUCCUGCUGCUUCUGAGCGGGGAGCGGAACUUUGGGGUGCGGCUGAACAAGCCCUACUCAGUGCGAGUGCCCAUGGACAUCCCGGUCUUCACUGGUACCCACGCAGACCUGCUCAUUGUGGUGUUCCACAAGAUCAUCACCAGCGGGCACCAGCGGCUGCAGCCCCUCUUUGACUGCCUGCUCACCAUCGUGGUCAAUGUGUCCCCCUACCUCAAGAGCCUGUCCAUGGUGGCCGCCAACAAGCUGCUGCACCUGCUGGAGGCCUUCUCCACCACCUGGUUCCUCUUCUCUGCUGCCCAGAACCACCAUCUGGUCUUCUUCCUCCUGGAGGUCUUCAACAACAUCAUCCAGUACCAGUUUGAUGGCAACUCCAACCUGGUCUACGCCAUCAUCAGAAAGCGCAGUGUCUUCCACCAGCUGGCCAACCUGCCCACCGACCUACCUGCCAUCCACAAGGCUCUGCAGCGGCGCCGCCGGGCACCCGAGCCCUUGUCCCGCACCGGCUCUCAGGAGGGCGCCUCCAUGGAGGGCUCCCGCCCCGCUGCCCCUGCUGAGCCAGGCACCCUCAAGACCAGCCUGGUGGCCACCCCAGGCAUUGACAAGCUGACAGAGAAGUCCCAGGUGUCAGAGGAUGGCACCUUACGGUCCCUGGAGCCUGUGCCCCAGCAGGGCUCUGCAGACGGCAGCCCGAUUGUGGAGGAGCCCAGCCAGGCGCGGAGGGAGCAGCGGCGACUGUCCAAUGCAUCAGCCAGUGGGCAGUGGAGCCCGACGUCAGAGUGGGUCCUCUCCUGGAAGUCGAAACUGCCGCUGCAGACCAUCAUGAGGCUGCUCCAGGUGCUGGUGCCCCAGGUGGAGAAGAUCUGCAUUGACAAGGGCCUGACAGACGAGUCGGAGAUCCUGCGGUUCCUGCAGCAUGGCACCCUGGUGGGGCUGCUGCCUGUGCCCCACCCCAUCCUCAUCCGAAAGUACCAGGCCAACUCGGGCACAGCCAUGUGGUUCCGCACCUACAUGUGGGGUGUCAUCUACCUGAGGAAUGUGGACCCACCCAUCUGGUACGACACAGACGUGAAGCUGUUUGAGAUCCAGCGGGUGUGAGGAUGGAGGCCUGCAAGGGGCUGGGACCAGGCGAGGGUGGGGGCCCUGGUGCCCCUGAUCUUUCCCCUGACCCACUGUUCUGAGCUUUAAGUGACCACGAUCAGGGCCAGAGGCCAGCAGAGUGGCUGAGUCCUGGGUGGCAGGCCCCAGAGGCCCUCGUGGCUGGGAUAGUGGAGACCAGUUCUGACCACCCCCACCCCAAACUGCUGACCUCCCAGGGACCUCCCAUCUCCGGGGCUACAGGCCCUGUCUGGUCGGAGCCCCCACCUCCAGACCUGUUUCUGUGCCCACCUGGUUCCUGUGCUACCCACCCCCAGAGGCCAGCAGGUCACUGUGCCCUGAUGGGUUGCCCAAAAGGAGGCUGUGAACUGUCCCUUGAGGCACCUUGGCAGGAUGAGGGGGGUACUUCCAAGCCUCCUAACCUGAAACUGUCCAGACUGAGCUGGCUGCCUCCCCAGGAGGAAGGAGGGUGGCCAGGCUGCUUGAGGAGGAGGCUGGAGGUGGGCAGAUUGCAAAGGCCAGACUGGAGGACCUCAUACACUUUAGGGGUUUGAAAUGGGGUGUUGACAGUCUCCUGCUCUAUUCUCCUGGGUCAAUGGAUAUAGCUUGGCUCUCUUAUCCAGUAAUGGGGGCAAAGGGAAUGGGGGUGGGGGACAGCUCUUCAGCUCUCCCUGCCCCCACCCACUGCCUGGAUGACUGGGGGGCAUUUAGGGGGCCUGGAAUGCCACCCCUCUGGCCUGUGGGUCUCCCUUACCCCAUCUGUGUCAGUACAAUCUUUGCUCUGUACAAUCGGACUCUUUACACAAUAAAAUCCCCUUCUCCACG